AUGAGAAAUUCGGAGUAUCGCACUUCAUUUAGUAAAUUAAAUCAAAAAAUAGUUCAUAAUUCUUACUUUGAUAAUUUAGUAUAUAGACGUAGUAGACGAAAUUAUGAAAGUAAUCAUGAUCAUUUAGUAUUUUGUUGGGACGACGAAGAUUACUGGAGUGAAUGCAAGAGUACCAGUACUGCUAGUUGCGAUGGUAACGACUCGGCGUCCACAUCUUCUCGACAUCAAGUAGCCGCAGUUAAAGAUGAAAAUAUUAUUAAGGAUAACAAGGUACAACAUAAUGAAUCUUCAAAAUCGGUCAAAUGUCAAGGGCUAAAAAAUGAAAAGAAUACCAAUAAGACUAAUCAUGCGCAAGUUAAGAAGAAGAAGAAAGAGAAUAAUUUCAAUCUUAGCCCCAACAAAUCUCAAUUGUCGAAAGAGCUUCCUACAAAAAGUGUGGCAACUCAAACUGUCAGUAUUAAGGAAAGCAUCCAGAAAUGCUUACAAAAAUCAACUUUUGCUAAAGAAUCAACAAAAAGUUGUGCUAAAAAGGAAAAGAAAAAUUCGGCUGGAUCCAAGGUAGCUAACAUGAAAUUCUUACAAAAGAGGCCACUUGUAGCUUAUGGUAUCGGCUGGAAAGAUGACUUAUGUGGCUCUCGUAGGACAUUUAAUAUCCAAGCUGAUAAUGGGGUAUAUAAAAGUGCUCGCAAUGCAUACGAGCGUCGAAAAUAUUCAAAACAUCAAGCAAACUAUCUUAGUGUAAACAAGGAAGAAAGUAUUUCCAAGAAUGACAAAAAUCCUAAUCUGUGGGAUGCCUCGGCAUGGAAAACUGAGUACCAGCGAUGUUUUUCGGCUUAG